UACCACGGAUCGGGCGGAGCACACGACGCUUUCGGACACCACCACACUGCCUUCUCCACUCGUCUCUCUCGUCACGAUAGCGACUUGUUCCUCCAAUCCAUGGCGCCUCCGCCGCGGCGAAACCCCGACGGCAACGGCAGCAGGCGGAAGCACGAGGAGCCGUGGCUCGCCGCGGGCAUCCGCCCGGCCAACUUCCUCCCGGGCCUGGCCAUCGGGUUCCUGCUCGGCCUGCUCCUGGACCUGUCCUCCUCCUGGCGACCCAGGUUCAGCCUCGGCCCGGCCCCGCCUGCCUCGGCGUCACGCGGCUCCAAGCGGUCCGGCGGCUCGUCCGCCGCCCCGGGUGAAGAGCUUAAGAUGGUUCUAGUAGUGCGUCAGGACCUGAAAAUGGGAGCUGGAAAAAUAGCGUCUCAAUGUGCCCAUGCAGCAACUGGACUUUAUGCGGAGCUGUUGGCAAGCAACCGGGGCCUUUUGAGACAAUGGGAACAAUUCGGACAAGCUAAGAUUGUCCUGGCAUGCAAGAACCAACAGGACAUGAACAGGAUAAAAGAAAGUGCAGAACACCGAGGUAUCCCUACUUUUGUUGUUGCAGAUGCAGGACGCACACAGGUACUGGCUGGGUCUAAGACAGUUCUCGCAGUAGGGCCAGGGAGGAAAGCCGACAUAGACACAGUUACUGGGAUGCUGCGCUUACUAUUCUCCCUUAGAGAUACCAACCUCGUUCUCCGGGAGUUCGAGAAAUGUGGUGUUAUAUUGAGACACCACUCCGGUCCAAGAGAGGGUAAUUGGAUCCACAUAUUAUACCAGCACUCCUACGAUGCACGGAAAGCCCUCCAAAGGAACGGUAUCCAGCUAAGCAGCGGCGUCAUAAUUGGAGUAAAGCAUAUUGAUCCAACACACCGGCAGCAGCUGGAUGACCGGUUCACUGGAAUCAAUCAGGGACGCUUCAUGGUUUCCCUGCCUUCAAAAUCACUUGCUCUGAAGAGCACGGGUGCAUCAAACCAGUUAGGAGCCUUGCCGCGCCCGUAUGAUCCGAAGUCUUCCACAAACGUUGUCAGAGAUGCAGGGCGUCGCGCAACUGGCAGUGUUGCCGCUCCAGCAAAAUCUAUUGUAACGAACGUGAUGGACCUGAUAUUUGGCAUUUAGUUUGCCAGAUCAGGAACCUCCUUUCGGUGUUUGAUCCUGUUGUGUGAUCAGUGUCGUCUCAUGGUGGAUGUGUGAGUGGGCGAGGUUGUCUGUGUUGCCAAAGGUUCGGGAGCAAAUUUGAGAGAAAAACUGGAGAGUAAAAUUUUAUUUUCUUUGGCAAUGUAACAAUUAUAAAUGUGCAAUUUUUCAUGUUUAUGUUAUGAUCUGCCAAAGUGUGGGCGGCUUGUGUA